ACUGUUGUUGCUUCAAUUGCUUCUGACCAAAAUGUAUGGAAUGCUGUGCUGCAAAAUAAGGCGCUACUGGAAUUCAUCCAGUCACAUAAAACUGAUAUUGAUCCUGGUGUAAAGGGAUCUGUUGCUGAAGCGGAUUUUCAAAAUGAGCAGUCUCCCAAGAGCUUUGAUGAUCCUGGUGUAAAGGAAUCUGUUGCUGAAGAGAAUUUUCAAAAUGAGCAGUCUCCCCAGAGCUUUGAUGAGUCCUCUGAUUUGAAGGAGUCUGCCUCUGGAAAUGGGUUUAUGGAUUACCUGCAGAGCAUUAGGCUCACAGUGGUGGAUAUGAUGAGCAACUUAUCUGAUUAUUUUCAGAGUUUCUUUGGUGGUUCAGCUGGGGAAAAACCAUCUCCAAAUGAUGAUGGAAGUGCCAGAACAACUUGCGUGGAUGCAGCUAUAGGAGCGUCCGUCAUGGGAUUAGUAGUCAUGGUGAUUAUGGUUGUCGUGCUGAAGCGAGUGUAG